AUGGAAGCAUUUUUGUUCCAGUCAUUACCUCCUGGAAGCUAUAUUAUACCUUUUAUUGCAUCCUGGAAGCAAUGUAGAGUCAGUUACCACCACCUGGAGGACUAUGGCGCCAGUUACCACCACUUGGAGGACUAUGGCGCCAGUUACCACCACCUGGAGGACUAUGGCGCCAGUUACCACCACUUGGAGGACUAUGGCGCCAGUUACCACCACUUGGAGGACUAUGGCGCCAGUUACCACCACUUGGAGGACUAUGGCGCCAGUUACCACCAGCUGGAGGACUAUGGCGCCAGUUACCACCACUUGGAGGACUAUGGCGCCAGUUACCACCACUUGGAGGACUAUGGCGCCAGUUACCACCACUUGGAGGACUAUGGCGCCAGUUACCACCACUUGGAGGACUAUGGCGCCAGUUACCACCACCUGGAGGACUAUGGCGCCAGUUACCACCACUUGGAGGACUAUGGCGCCAGUUACCACCAGCUGGAGGACUAUGGCGCCAGUUACCACCACUUGGAGGACUAUGGCGCCAGUUACCACCACUUGGAGGACUAUGGCGCCAGUUACCACCACCUGGAGGACUAUGGCGCCAGUUACCACCACUUGGAGGACUAUGGCGCCAGUUACCACCAGCUGGAGGACUAUGGCGCCAGUUACCACCACUUGGAGGACUAUGGCGCCAGUUACCACCACUUGGAGGACUAUGGCGCCAGUUACCACCACUUGGAGGACUAUGGCGCCAGUUACCACCACUUGGAGGACUAUGGCGCCAGUUACCACCACCUGGAGGACUAUGGCGCCAGUUACCACCACUUGGAGGACUAUGGCGCCAGUUACCACCACUUGGAGGACUAUGGCGCCAGUUACCACCACUUGGAGGACUAUGGCGCCAGUUACCACCACUUGGAGGACUAUGGCGCCAGUUAG